AUGGACCACCAAAACUCGCCAUCAGUCGAUUUGCUCGUCGAGAAGCUGUCUGGCGUCCAGGAUCUCGUCAAGUCCUCGCACCAAAUUUUGCUCUCUAGACAGGACCAUCUUAAUCUGCCUAUCAAGACUUUCCUUCGCGCCGCGUCGGGAAAGCUGCACACAGCAUUAAUGCUGAUCGAAGACCUGAAGAACCCGAGCCAGAAACAUUUGGAGUCGCUUGGUAACCCGGGGUGGACGGCCGAUCUCGCCCACGUAGAGGCCUGCAAACAAGCCCUCUCUGGCUGGCAGGUGUCCACCCAACAGCCCGCCCAGGACGUCUUGAAAACGCUCCAAGCACUCUGCAUCCACCUCGACAUUGCUCAACAGGCGCAGACCUUCGUUGCUUUUGUCAAGUGUCUCUCGGUCCAGUUCCAGGAGCACCUGGACAGCGCCAGCAUACCUGUUUCAGGGCCCCCAGACAGAGCAGGAGUCGGCAGACUCUUUGGAGGAAGUCAAGGCAUCUUUGGACCUGAUAUUGAGCUCCAGAUUCGACCAAAAGGCUGUAUAACCUGGUUAGGCUACGCGGAACAGUACUGGCCGCAGCUCGGGGAUCGAAUCUUGCGCUUGUUCCAUGCGGAAAAGGCAUGCAACUUCCAGCACUGGAUCUUGGAGUACUGCCAGCAGAGCUACCCCGAGAUCUAUGGCCUCGGGACUAGUACAGCGCCAGAACGAUCCCUGUUGGUCCUCAUCUCCACCAUCAUCGAAUCUUCUGUCUCUCCGCUGCACGUCGCUGCUGCCCUCGGUCUCGCACAGGUAUGCAAGCAUUUGAUCGGACAAAAUGUCGACGAGAACCUGCCAAGCCCACUCGGGACGCCAUACUACUGUGCUCUUAUAGGGCCGAUGGCAUUGCUAGCCCAAAAGGACAGUCCUGUGAACAUGGUCCAGUGGCCAUGUCCCAGCAUCGCUCAGAUGGACACUCUCUAUGCGUUCGAGAAUAGCAUGUGCUGGACCGACGUCGAGUCUGACAGUGACCUGGCCCCGCUUUCGUUACCAAACUUGAUCUUUCUUGUCUGCCUGCGUCUGGGGUCGACUGAACUGUAUCAGCACUUCUUCUCUCUUGAGCAUCUCGAAAGCUUACCGGAAGUCAUAAUGGACGCAUCUUACAGCCAAGUCCCGUGGGGUGCCCCAGACUCCGAACGCGCGAAAGCAUUUCUCAGUACAACUCUGCCUUAUCUAUUCGACACAGUUCUCCCCGAAUUCGAGGAGGUCCAUGCAUCUGAGGUUCUCAAUGGUCUCUGGGAUGUCAUGAAUAAGAUGUGUCUUGACAUGACGGUCGGCAAAGCGAGGACGCAGGUUGCCCUUAUUGAGGAUUGCGAAUUCUUAGACAUUGCCAGACGAGCGUUGCGCCACUACGAAGAGCCGGUCGUUCUGAGGCUGAUUCAGGAUCCCCGGUGGAAGCCUGAUUCGAUCCGGACCUCUGACGGUUCACCGAUUUUACAUUCGCUCGUCGUGGAUGACUCGAUAGACAUGAUUGAAGCAGUCGUCGACUCGGGCGCCGACAUACACAUCAGAGACGACGAGGGUCAGACGCCCGUCAUGCGUUGUGAAUCUGUCUCCACUCUUGCCUUCCUGGUCAGCCACGGUGCUCGUCUGAACGACGUCGACAACCAAGGUCAGAACAUAUGGCAUAUAUGCGCCGCCAAUUCCGAUCGCGGCAUGUUGGAGUGGUUGGUGGAACACGACCCACACAUGAGGACCAACUUAGGUGUCUGCAUGCGUGGCGGCCGCACGCCAACUGCUCAGGCCAUGAUCCACGUUCUCUUUGAGCUCACCAAAGUCGAUCCGGAUGGCCCUACUGACAUUUGGGGCGAGGCGCUCCACCGCCGUGCCAACUUUUGUCUCGACAAGCUCCUCGCCUUUUGCAAGACUGAACCCUCCUAUCUGCAAGCUUCUGAUUAUUCUCUGAUCCACGUCGCGGCUGAAUGGGGGCGUAUGGGGCCAAUGGAAGCAUGCCUACAGUCAGGCAAUGUCAAGAUGGACGCUCUCGACGGAAAUGGAAACUCGGCCCUCCAUUUGAUCAACUUUGCUGCCGAUUCCGAAGCCAUCUGUUUCCUGCAACAACAGUGUGCCAAUGCUCCUGUUCAAAACAGCAAGGGUUACACGCCAGCCGAAACGAUAUUCUUUAAUUUCGACAGAGCCUUCUCAGCACUCUCUCUUGAGUCGUGUCUCUCUUCUCAUCCCGCAUCAAGCACCCACCUGCAAUUCGAGGCGUACUUGCUUUUGUUGACCCCAGAAGUCUUGUCAUCGGAAGAUGCGGCUGGCCGCCAACUCUGGGAGAGAUUCAUCGUGGACAUUGUCCACGGUUGGUCGACUCGCGUCGCAGGGGGGCGGCGCGCCAAAUACGCGCGCCUUCCCCUCAUUGCUUUGUGCUGCAACAUGCCUCGUUGCCAAGGGGGCGCUGGGUUCGUGGGAGGAAACGCGCAGGUGCUGACGCGGAAUCCUCUUAUUUGGGCUCAAGGAAAGUGA